UAUGGUGUCCGUCGUGCAACGGUUUACGAUCGGACGUCCGUAACUCCGAAUGAUUAUUGAAAAGUUCGUCAAGGAAAAUCAUUGUUAACUAUGAAAAUACGGUUAAAGAUUGGGUGGUGGCCUUGAAGACUUGAAAGCCCCACCAGCCCGAAUACGUCAGACUUUCUUUCACUAGUUUUGACGUCUGAAGAUAACGUGACAACCGAGGAGAACACUUGUUGAAGUUUAGGAUAUAUCAAAGAGUACAAAUCAUUGAAAAAUAAAUAUAGAAAACAGUACAAUGAGUGAAAAGGCAGAAUUCAGAGCUCAUUCAGAGCCCAUCAUCAGUAAGGUCAAAGUCAAACAGGACAGCUCAGAUGCAGAUACCAUUGCAAAAGAUAUCAAGACUCGAUUAAGCCUCUCAAAUGUUGAACUUUGUGACAAUAGGCAAACCAACGGUGUUCAUCAAAUAAAUGGUACUUGCGAAUCGCCAAUACAAAGUUCUGAGACUUCAAGUGAUGAGCUUGAGUCCACCAAUGUUCAAACUAGUCAUACUAAUCAAUCAGAUGUCAAAGAAGAAACUGCACACACAAGCAAAAAUAGGGAUAUUGAGUAUGUUAGUUAUACAAGUGAAUUACAAAUGCCAGACAUCAUGAAAUUGAUUCAAAAGGAUCUAAGUGAACCAUAUUCUAUAUAUACUUACAGAUAUUUUAUUCACAAUUGGCCAAAGCUGUGUUUCUUGGCUACAGAUGGACAAGAGUGUAUAGGUGCUAUAGUCUGCAAGUUAGAUCUUCAUAGGAAAGUAACAAAACGCGGCUAUAUAGCAAUGUUAGCCGUGGACAUAAAGUAUCGAAAACGUAAGAUCGGCUCGAAUUUAGUAAGGCGUGCGAUCCAGGCGAUGAUUGAGGACGACGCGGACGAGGUAGUACUGGAGACCGAAAUCACGAAUCACCCAGCGUUACGUUUAUACGAGAAUUUGGGCUUCGUGCGUGAUAAGCGACUGUUUCGCUAUUAUCUGAACGGCGUUGAUGCUCUGCGACUCAAGCUCUGGCUCAGAUGAAAUUCGUCUGUGUGCUCGUGCCAGUAAAAACUCAAAAGACAUUGUGUUAAUAAUGGAGAAAUUACGAAGGGCUCCAGUGUCUUUGUUGAGACUUCAAUCAACUGAUAAUUUUUUCAAAGUGGAGAAAGUUAUCUUGUCGUUUGCGAUGUGAUUGCAGAGACGAGAAAAUAUUGUUUCGUCAUUGUUUUAUUAUGAAUUCUUUUCGCUCUGUACAAAUAUAUAGAAAUUAUAAGAAACUAUUGACUGUUUGAAUUAUGCCAUAAUCUCUGACAUAAAAAUAAUCUUUUUUAAUUAAAUUAUCAUCGAAGUGGAAGUUUAUAUUGUUCAUCAGAUUGGAUUAACUUUUGUGAUUUAUGAAACAAAUAAUUGAAAAUUCAAGCUUCAAUACCUAAUUGGACAAAAUGGUGAAAUUAUCUAUUCAAUUGCUAGACAAUAUUGAUUUAUUCUUUUGUUAUGCUAAGAACAACGUGUUCAAUUUGAUGUUGAAAUGUCAAACUUUAACGUGGCAGUUACAUUCUAGCAUGGCGUUUUGAUGUGAUGAAAUUUAGAUAAAAAUACUGUAAAACAGUUGACAAAAACAGCUGUCAAAAUGGUCGUUAAAUUAUUGUGCAAAAUUCGAAUAUACACGCAAAGUUAUUCACAAAUUGUCUGCUAUUUAUAUAUGAAGAUGACGAAAAUGAUUGUUAUGAUUUGUGGAACUGUUAUGUUCCAAUAAAAAUCGCUACACAAGAAAACAUUUCAAAAUUUGCAACACUUAAUUUUCUCUAUGACCUACACUGUGUAUAAUACAAAGAAAAAUAAAAAUAUACAGAUUACAAUAUAAAAAUAAAAAAUGUAAGUAAUGUUGAUA